ACGGUUGCGUGCAAGCACUGUGGUUGUCGGAAACUGUAGAAUGCCGCUACUGUGUUGCCGCAGUGCUUACGUGACAUAACUGGCGCUGGCUUACCGCUAUGAGCUUGAAUGAUAUGAGUACUUCAAGGAUUAUCGUAUGGACCUGGGUUUUAUGCUGCAGCCUGGCAGCUGCGACGGGGGGAGUCGAUACCGUGCACGCAAGCAGCAGAGUCGACGUUCCCAGCCAGCCGACAGCUUCGCAGCAGACUGAACUAAGCAGGCACGAGCGGUUGCUCUUUCGGCGAAACAACGAGGUGCUCACGCACGCUGGACUGGCCACUCCAAACGCCGAGCUUGCGCUUGUGGACCAGGAUAACGACCAGGAUGCAUAUCUUGCAAGCUAUCAGUGGACUAUCGCUGACUACCAUGGCCGGAGCGAGAAAAGGCUUGACUCAAACGUCUUUAGGGCUGGGGCAGCUUUGUGGCAACUCAUUCUGUACCCCAACGGCGAUGAGGGGCACAAGGGCUACAUCAGCCUCUACAUCGGUGCCACGCUGGCGCCGCACUGGGGCCCCAAGGAGGGCGUGCUGUGCUCCUGGCGCUUCACAAUCAUCAACAUGCGCGGCAAGCGGCCCCACGUCGUGCAGGAGGCCCAGCAUAACUUCACCCAGUACAGGACCAACUGGGGCUUCAACAAGCUGGUCCUGCGCACGGCGCUGCUGGAUUCGGGGGAGGGCUGGCUGGACGCGCAGGGCGCCCUGCUGCUGCGCGUCGACGUGCGCCAGGUGGUGCCGCACUGGGCCGAGUACGCGGGCGUUGAGCGGCAGCACUUUGACACGGUGCGCUCCAGCGCGGCGCUGGCGGCGGAGCUGGCGGCGCGCGGUGUCAGCGACCUCGCGCUCAGCCUGGCCAUCAGCGAGGACGGCCGCAGCAGUGUGGGGUACACGCUGCGCGGCCGCGUGUAUCACUCGGCGGCGGAGCUGCGCGCCGCGCUGGCCGCCAGCUCGGAGCCGCUGCGGGCCUUCUUUGCAAGCAGCGCCGCCGCCGCCACGCUGGGCGACCCCGUGUGGCCCCUGGUGAUGGACGGUAGCAAUGCUAGCGGUGCGGGAGGGCUUGGCGUGGAGGGCAGGGAGGAGGCGGGCGCGGCCGGCACGGCCGCCACGGCGCCACACGCCAGCGGCGGCGGCACCGCGCACGCGCCGCCGGCGGCGGACCGUGGCAGUGGCAGCGGCGGGAGCAACGCCGAGGGCGCGGCGCAGCAGCAGCAGCAGCAGCAGCAGCAGCUGUCUCGCUACAGCUCCCUGACGGCGCUAGGGAUCAACAUUGAUGCCGUGCCGGCGUCCGGGGUGGCGGGCGCUUUCGGCGGCGGCGGCGUGGGCGGCGCCGGCGGUUUGCUGCGGUCGGGCAGCAGUAGCGGCCCCGGCGGCGCACUGUCGGACCUGGUGGAAGCUCUGGCGGCGCGGCUGUCGCUGUUGGGCGCCUACGUCACCACACCCAUGGCGGUGGGCGGUGUCGCGUACCUGGCAGUGGCGGUGGCGUUCCAGCUGCGCAGCUGGGGACGCUCCAUUGCGGCGCUGCUGUCGCGGGGCGGAAAGCACAAGGACAAGCACGCCCAUGCAAAGCCCGGCGUCAACAAGGGCCGGCAGCUGAAGACCAAGGCGCGGUCCAACAGCAGCGGUCGCCAUCACGACGCUGUGGGCGCAGGCAGUAGCAGCGGCGGUGCAGGCGCCGGCGGCAGUAGCGGCGGCGGCAGUAGCGGCGGCGGGGCAUCGGGCGCGCAUGGCUCACAUGCGCACCCACACGCACACCCGCAUCCGCACCACGUGCCAGCGAGCUCACCCACAGCGCUGUCACCAUCCAACUCCCAAGGUAGACGCACUGCAGCGGCGGCUGCAGCGGCGGCAACAGCGGCAGCGACAGCUGCUUUGAGUAGUUGUGUUGCGUCGGAUGCCUCUGCGGCUGCGGCCGCGGCGGCCGACCGGAUGUCACAGACCUCCGGCGGCGGGGGCCGAAGCAAAGCCUCCAUGCCUGGAGACAGCACAGCGAGGGCCGACAGCAGCAGCAACAGCAGCAGUAUGGCUCAGCCCCCGGCUGCGGCCGCGCCCGCGCCCCCGACGCAGACAAUCGGCGGCCCCCGCGCGCGUAGCGGCGGCGGUGCAGCGCCAGCGCUUGAGGCAGGGGCAGCGGCUUCCAUCAGCACAUCCAUAACCGGCAAUGGGCCACGGCAGGAGCCCUACCCGGCGGCGGCGGCAAUGCCCCCGUUGUCGAGCGACCAGCCGUCGCAGGCACUGCCGCGCCUGCCGCCACUGACCGGCAGCGGCGCGGCUGUCGACACGCCCGCGUGGCUGCCGCAGCCCACAAGCGGCAGCAGCGCCGCCGCCGUCGCCGCCGUAAGCAUCACAGGGGUUGGCAUGGUCGAUUCCGCUGGCGGCGCUGCCUGCGGAAGCGGGGGCGGGGCGGGGAGCACGUGGGCCUGGCAGCACCCGUCCGACCAGCGCGCCUUCCUGGGCGCACGCCCCCUGCUGGGGCUGGGCUUGGGCCUGCACCAGGACGGCCUGUCUGCCGCGCGCCUGCUCGCCGCCGCGCAGCCCAACAGCGCGCCGCAGCCCUUCUUCGAGCGGCGGCUGAACCAGCAGCUCAGCGGCGGCGGCGCCGGCGGCGCGCGGCUGGCGGGCAGCGGCGGCGGCGUUGACGGUGCGGAGUGCGGCUCGCUGUUCAGCCCGCCCAUGGGGCUGCUGUCGCGCAGCUAUGAGGGCUGUGCGGCGGCGUUAGGCCUGGGGCCGGAGGCGCCGCUGUCGCUGGCCUUGUACGGAGACGACAGCAGCCGCGGCGCUAGCGGCAACAUGGCCGCCUUUGGCGCUGCCGUCGGAGAUGACGACGACGACGACGAGGAGGCUGACGGCAGCAUCCCCGCCUGGGUGGCCAACUCUUUGUUGGAUGAGGCCGCGAGGGAGGAGGAGGAGCAGCAGGAGCGCCUGGCGCGCAGCGGCAGCGGUAGCCGCGGCGGCAGCGCCCGUGGCGUCGGUGCGGUGGCUGUGGCGGCCCUGGCGGCUAUGCCGGGGCCGGCAGAGCCGUCUGGGGCUGGCUCGGCGCCCGUGCAAGGACGUAGCCGUGCAGAGGCGGGCUCGGGAGGAGGGGGUCAGAAGAAAGUGCCGCGGGCGCAGAAGCGCGGCAAGGCUGGUGUUCGUUGCGAGGCACAGGGCGUUGCGGCUGCUGCCGCCCCAUCCCGCGGCAGCGUGACAAACGGCGCACACCAGCCGGCGGCAGAGGCAGUGGCGGUGCCGGGGCCUGCCGGGGCCCCGAGCGCGGUACCCAAAUGGAGCCCACCGGUUGAGGGCGCCGAGGGUGACGAAGCAGGCACGGCGUCAGUGAUAGAUACGGCGGCAGCCGCUGCUGUGGCUGUCACUGCUGACGUUGCGGACGACGGCGCCGCGCCAUCCGGCGCACAAUCGCAGCCUGCAACCGAACCCUUGCGAGUCACCAGCAGCGGCGGCAUCAGCGGCUGGGCGCGGGCUGUGGCGCCGCUGCUGCGGACGUGGCAGGCCGGCGGCCUUGCCGCUGUGCUCAUCAGCGCGGCCGGCACCGGCGGCGGCACCAGUGGCCAGGACGGCGGCGCGGCUGCAGCAGGCGCGGGGGCGGCGGCGGGCGCGAGCGACAGCCUGCUGGCGGCGGAGUCGGUGUUUGAUGGGCUGCAACGGCAGCUGUGCAAGCGGCUGGCGGUGGCUCUGGUGGCGGCGGCGCGGGGCAUGCUGGCGCUGGCUGCGCAGCUGGUGGCAGACGACGAUGGUGCGGCAGGGGCAGCGGCAGGGGCAGGGGCAGGAGCUCCUGAGGCGGGGCAAGGGACGCAACUCACGCCAGCGCCACCACCUGCGCCGGCAGCCCAAGCAGCGGCCCGUCCGGCUGGUGGCAGCGAGCCGGACCCAGGGACCAACGCCGCCGGCCGCGUUGGCGGGGGCGGCGCCGCCGAUCUUUGUGAUCAGGAUCAAGUGGUGGACCCCCCGCUCCACCUGGCCCGCCGCGGCGGCGGCCGCUCCGUUGCCCCCGGGCCCAUCAGCCUGCCCGCCACAGCUCACGCCUCUGUCAACGGCAGCGGCGGCGGCGCCGGCCCCGCAGCCGCGUCCGCGCCGUUGGCGGCGGCGCUGGGCUCUCUGGCUGCCGCGACCUCGGACGCCUGGGGCAGCACCAUGUCCAUCACGGGCGCCAGUACCGGCUCGCGGUCACGCGUCGUAGUGAACGUAGGCGCGGCGGCGUCAGCCGGCGGCGCGAUCGCCGGCGGCGGCAGGGCGGGGCACGUGGGCGGCGCGCUGUGGUCGGGCGGACCCUGGUCGCAGCCGCACAGCGUGGUGUCACGGUCAGCUGGUGGCAGUGGCGGCGGCGGCGGCAGUGGUGCGGCGGCAGGUGGCGGCGGCAGCCGUGCCGCGGAGCUGCUGGCUAUGGGCGUGCAGCUGGGGCUGGGGCCGCGCCCGCUGCGGGAGGAACCGCGCUGCCAGCUGUGCCUGCGCAACGCACCCGAGUGCGGCUUCGUGCACGCGGACAGCAUCUGUGUGGCGGCGUGCUUUGGCUGCGCGCAGCAGCUGGCAGCCCCGGCCGGCGGUGCAGCGGCGGCGGCGCCCCUGUGCUGCCCCUUCUGCUCCAAGGCCAUCAUUAGCGUCCUGGCAGUCCACGCGGUGGCGCAGUAGCAGUAGCAGUAGCAGGUGCGACAAUUGAGGUGUGGGGACUUCCGCCGAAGGGAGGCCAGCAGCAGCUGAGACAGCGUGCGAUGAUGCAGCCUCGCAGCGUCGAGAGGUUGGCUUACCCAAAGGCUGGUUGGGAACGCGGAGUGUGGAUCAUGAGCAGGCCCGAGACACUGAUUGAUUGGGAUGCUAGACGGGCGAAACGCUCGCAUGUUCGGCCAUCAUGGCCUUGCCAACUGGAUUGCAUGACUUGGCAAGCUUUAUUCAGAAACUAAUGUAUGUCAUGGGGUAGAGUGAUAGGUUGCAUCAUCCUGCAUGAAACGGACGCUGCGCGGUGACCACACAGAAUCUAUUCUUUGUUCUGAGUCAGGCUGUGUUACAAUGGACAUGGGCAAAAGGCGGAGGAGUGAGGGGUGUGUCGAGUCCACUCUGCGAGAGCGUGCAUCCAGCAGCCAGCAGCGAUUGUUGCACAGUCCUGUGUGCGCAUGGGGUCCGAUCGGGGCAUGCUGCAGUGCACACGGUCGGGCCGCGAUUGCGGUGCUGGGUGACGGCUGCGUAGGGUUGGCCAUGGCUGGGUGAACGGUGCGGUAUCAGGGACUUGGCCUAAGCAAUGCACCGACAGGCGCGGGCAUGUACGGGUGUGCGUGGGCUGAGUCAAUCUUAUAGGUGGGGCAGGGUGCACCUCGUUCGGUGCCGUACGGGGUCUGAAGUGAGACGGCGGUAGCGGGCGGCCACGAAGUGGCGUGGCGCACUGGGGGUCCGUACUCCGCAGUGACCAUGAGUAGGUGGAACACGGGGCCCACGGAGGGGCGGCAGGGGCCCCCACGCGCUUCGAAACCUUGCCCUUGCCUGUGAGUUUCGUACUGCGUACCGUACAGCAUUACGGUGGUAAGAUACAAUGCCGGUAUUGUGGACCUCUGCAACCCCUGAAACUGACGUGCCAGCUACGUCCGGUAAAGCUGCGCAACUGGAUGAGCGGAAGACAAGGUCCGGGUCCGG